UUGAAUUAAAAUCGUAGAGAGCAUGGCUUCGUAAGACUUCUGCAUGACUCAAAAAAGCUCUCUUCGGCAGAUAUGUUAAGCUAGUCUACAAGCAUAAACACCAUAUUUACAUCAUGAAUCUGCAUAGACAAAUGUACUCUCACUUGUCAUCGCUCACUGGAUCCAUUUUCAAGCUCACCUCCUUAACCAUUUUUCUUGCCUGCUUGCUCUUAUGCUCCACUUUCACUCCCACAGAAGCCUAUGAUGAUAUUGAUCCAAAUGGGAAGGUCACUAUCAAAUGGGACGUAAUAAGCUGGACUCCAGAUGGCUAUGUUGCAGCUGUUACAAUAUACAACUUCCAGCAAUAUCGCCAACUUCAAGGUUGGACAUUGGGUUGGAAAUGGGGAAAACAGGAGGUGAUCUGGAGCAUGAUGGGAGCUCAAACCACAGAGCAAGGGAAUUGUUCCAGGUUCAAAGGAAAUAUGCCGCAUAGCUGUAAGAAGGAUCCAACUGUCGUGGAUUUAUUGCCAGGGACACCUUACAACCAGCAGAUAGCAAAUUGCUGCAAAGGAGGAGUAAUAAGCUCUUUGGCACAGGACCCUGCUAAUGCAGUAAGCUCCUUCCAAGUCAGAGUAGGUGAUGCUGGAACCUCUAACAAAACAGUUAGAACCCCAAAGAGAUUCAACUUGAAAGCAGCAGGCACUAGAUACAAUUGUAGGGCAGCAAGGAUUGUUAGACGAACAAAAUUUAUUUCAGCAGAUAAGUGGGGAAUUACUGAAGCUUUAAUGACCUGGAAUGUUUCUUGUGGAUAUUCGCGAUUCCUGAAUCCGAAGACACCCACUUGUUGUGUUUCUCUGUCCUCCUAUAAUGACACAGUAGUAGGUUGCCGGACUUGUGCCUGUGGCUGUCAAAACAGUACAGAUGCAACUGGGAGCUGUGUGAAUUCUGAUGCUCCACAUUUAGCCUCUGUGGUCAGUUCAGGCAAACCUGAAACUACACCUUUGGUGCAAUGUACUGGCCACAUGUGUCCAAUCCGAGUACAUUGGCAUGUUAAACUCGAUCACAAGCAGUACUGGCAGGUGGAGGUCACAGUUACAAAUUUCAAGUACAAAAUGAACUACACGCAGUGGAAUAUAGUUGUGCAACACCCCAACUCCGAUAAUCUCACCCAGCUUUUCAGCUUUAAAUCUCUAACACCUUAUGAUGGAUUAAAUGAUACAGCCAUGUUACAGGGAGUUGAGUUUUAUGAUGAUUUGCUCGCACAAGCUGGUCCUUCUGGGAAUGUACAGGCAGAGCUGCUUUUCCCAAAGGAUAAAUCAGCUUUCACUUUUGUAAAAGGAUGGGCUUUUCCUAGGAGGAUUUAUUUUAAUGGUGAUAGUUGUCUGAUGCCUACUCCAGAUGCCUACCCAUUGUUGCCAAAUGGCAGUUUCCGUCCAAUCAUCUCUCUGCUUCGUCUAGUCAUGACAUUCUUGGUUUAUGUUGUCUUCUUUUUUGCAUACAUAUGAUGAAUCAUGUCUGAGUCAAACUAUAAACCUGACCUGGUAUGAGAUACACAAGAAAAUAAAGGAAUCCUUAUGGACUCAAAUGUGUCAAGUACUGCAAGUUAAGAUAAGGUGCUUCAGAUGCCAUAUUGGUAGUGGCUUUGGUCUUCCUUAUGAUUAUUUAUGUUAAUGUUAACUUAUACACUUAUUAGUUGGUCUAGAGAAUAUCUACAGCAUUUAUUUUUUGGGAUUA